AUGAUUGGUCAUGUACGACCACGGGGAGGCGGCUAUGUAGAUAGCUGGGCCGAAGCCACCCGCCUAUCAAAUUACUGGCGCCGGUUUUACAACAUUGACCAGGUCUAUGAGGAUCAAUCUGGCUGGUAUCCACAAGAGGAUCAAUCUGCCUGGCACCCACAAGACCAUCAAUACCAUGGAUCGCCUGACAAUGCUGCCUUAGGUGGUGAGGAUGCAGAAAUCUCAGACCUGGCAGACGAUACCUCAGUGGCAGUUGAAACAGGCCAACUGUCCGUUCCAAGCCAGAUCAACCAACUGGCUACUGUCCUUUACAACGUUUCGAUUGCGGAUCGUGAAUUCAAUGCUCCGAUCCUUGAGAAGAUUGAAAUUUCCCCAUCGGAUCCAAAUGCCAAUCCCAUUCAGGUGCAAGCAGUGGAAAUUCUCCAGUGCUUGAAGAAUGCGCUGCGUUGGAGCCUCAGAGCAUCUCGGGACACGCUGGCGCGGCGCGAGUUGCGAGAUGAGAUUGCAUCAUUGUUCAAUGCUGGGAAAACUAGGAAAGAUGCUCUCAUGAAGGCUUCCGAUAUCCGACUUUGCAUUGCAUCGGGAAUCAGCUGCUCAGGGCCCAUCUCCAAGGACAACAACAAAACUAGGCUGUGGUGCGGUGGUGCUAUAGCGCGUUGUCUCGUCCUGCAGCGCAGCCAGGCAUAUUGGCUGGAGGGACCUGUUGGCGGUCUACUUCCUGCUCUUCUUGAGGCACUGCUGGCACCCUUGCUUUUCCUUCUCGGCUAUCGGGCAAUGCGUCGAUCAGCAGUUGCUAUAUGUUUGGUUUCCAUUUUGGUGGCCGUUUUUGCGAAGCGGAACAAUCUCAAUAUUGCAGAAGAGGAAGAUGCAAACAUCUUCUUUACUGCGGCACACUGCUUUGAGUUUCUCUCCGCGUUGCUGUAUGCCGGCCGCACAAUGCUACUUGACAAUGAUGGUCAGUCGUCCCUGACAUUCACGCACUUGAUGAUGAUCAUUCAGCAGAGCUUAGCAGCGUAUUUCUGGCUGCAGGCCUCCCAUGCGCACCGUGUGUGCACAGCUGAUGGGCCCACUUCAUCAUGUCAAGACAGAAUUCUAUAUUAA